UUCCAAUUUAAUUCAUUUCUCGUAGUUCUUUGAACCCUUUUCUUUUUUUGAGUUUAACAUGUGGCACUUUUAACCCCACUCUCACCUGCUAAUGGCAGAACCGCCCUUGCAUAAAACAAAGCGCGACGAAGGCGAAGCUCGCUCGCUCUCUGCCUCUCUCCUGCCCCCCCAAACUGAAAAUCCCCUAAAAUUUGAGCCAUUACUAGGGAUUCUGUUCGUUGGGAGCACGGAAUUCGAAGCUGAAGGAGGUGAGCCUGCAGAUCGCAGGAGCCCCAGUGUCUGCAGGAGAUAAGUUGAUUUCUUCUGCUCUCUGUCCCCCCCUUUCAUUUGAUGGCUAAUUGUUGGGUAGAAUUGCAUUUUUUUUUAGAGGGUUCAGCUUGGUUGUGAGAAUUGGGGGAGUUUUUGCAGAAAAGAUUGGAUUUUGCGGUGAAUGUGGUUGGUUUUCAUUUGGGAUUUUUGUUUUUUGCUUCUUUGUUGGGUCAAUUGUGCCAUUUUUAGGUCGCAGAGUUCCAAUUUGGCGUCAGUUUCAUGGGUGAGUUGGGAUUGAGAGUGUAGAAUUAGGAUUUUUCUCUAGCUGGUUGAGAUCUCUGGUUCAAAUUUUUUUUCCAACUUCCAUUUAGGAUUUUACUGUAAUUGGGGUUGGGUUGCUGGGUAGCAGAUUCUGCAGAUUUUUUUUUUUCCUUCCAGAAACUGAAUUCUCAAAAUUAGUUUUUUUAACCCCCACAGAAAUGAACUUUGGGGGUUUCUCUUUGGUCUCUAUUGUGGGGUCAUUCUCCAUUUUCACUUGAUUAAGGGCAUGCAUGAGCUGGAAAAUUAGCUAUAGGGAGUGCUUUUGCCCAUUUGGCAUGGUUUGAUGGAUCCUACGACUUUCAAUUUCGAAGAGUGAGGAGUAGUUCCUUAGAAGAUGGUGGAUUCAAGCGAGAACAAUGCUGAAAAUGGUGUUGUGGAUGGAGUAGCUCUGAGACUGUUGUUUGGGGAAGAGUUUAGGGACUUAGUUGAAGGUGAAUUAGAUGCCUCAAAAGAAAAUCAAGUUUUUGAGGUUGUCUUCGAUGGGACUGGCACUGAUGAUGCAGAUACAGUUAAAGACACUGAUGCUAAACCAGCAGUGGCCGCAGAUUCUAGGGGUUCAAUUCUGACAAGUAACUCUUCCAUGAAAGAUUUAUUGAAGAAGGAUUUUAAAGAGACAAAUGAUGUGGAGUCCUUUCAAGAUAGUUCAGCUUAUUCUGCUAGAUCAUUGGCUGAGAAUGUUCUUGUGAAACGGGCAAUGCCAUCAUCUACAGAUCAUUUGGGUGGAGAACAGAAGGAUCCUCUUAGUGAAUCAGUGUCAUUUAUGGUGGUUAUAGAUCGAGAGAAGAUGGGUCCUGAACAUUGUUACACUGCUGCUUAUACUGAGCUACCUCCUCCGGAGACAUCAGAAGUUAUUUCAGACAUGCCUAUGGAGUCUGACAAAGAACCAGUACCAUCCCAUGUAAUUGAAACUUCGGAAAUAGAUGCUACUGGGAAUACAGACACUGGGUUGGUUUUAAACAGCAAAUGCAGAGUUCAACAAGUAAAAGAUGCGGAGGUAGUUAUGGAAGGUAAAUCUGUCACCUCUCCAGGUUCCCAAGAGAGUGUAGAUUCAGUGCUUCUGGGAACAGGUGCAAAUAUUGCACCUAAAGAAACGUGUGCUGCAAUUAUUUGUUCAAAACAAACAGCAGAGGGACCCGGAACCUUAGGAACUGUUGAUGCUGCUCCAAAGUUAAAGAGGACUCUAAAAAGGGAGCUGCCCUGCCUCCUUGAAUCAUAUGCACAUCGUCUUCUUAUAGAUGCAGGUUUUGAAAUUCGGCAUCGCCGACGGAUUGACAGAGAAAGGCCGGCUUAUUUUUUCGUUAACACCGAAGAAGGGUUCUCUAACAAAGCACUCACUGUCGCUUGGAAGGCAUGCGGCAAGAAAUUAUUGACUUCCGCAUUAGACUUGGAACGAGAUGAACAGGGAAGAGAGUGGUGGGAUGUUGAUAGAUUUUGGAGGGAUAUGAAAGAUGCAAUGGCCUACAUUGAUAAUGGGGCUCAUCGUCAGGAAAGCUCAUUGUCUCUUCUACAAAGAUGGAAGCUCCUUGAUCCUUUUAUGGCCGUAGUGUGGAUUGAUAAAAAAUUAGGUGUUUUGCGGAAAGGAAAGGGUUUAAAAGCCAUGAACAGCACAACAUUGGUUCUGGACGGGAGUAGGAAGCCAAUAUUGGCAGAAAUGGUCAUGGAUGGAGGUGAAAACAGUGCUGCAGAAAUUAGUUCAUGUUUGGGCAGAAGUUUUGGAAGAUGUAUUGUGAAUGACUUGCACAUGGGAUCCACGGAUUCAGGGAGUCGGCGAAAGAGAUCAAAAUUGUCAAGUAAAUCGACGUCCAUGGAGAAUGUUCCAGAUUUUCCAAACUUCGGUCCUAAUGAAAAUGAAAUUCUCCACAGUAAGGAGAUUCCGUGUUUAAGUGCAAAUUAUAGUCGUGGCCAAAUUAACAUGCAUUCAGAGAAACAGUGUCCUGGUGAUCAGGCUAGUCAUCCUGAGGGGGAAAUUGCUUCUAGCACAGAUGAUAACCAGGGAAUCAGUUCGCAUCCCCAAGAAGGCACCAAUAUUAUUGGAAAGAUGGUGCUUGCUGAGAAAACAAAAUCAAAAUCCAAGCGAGCAGCUUCUGCGCUGGCAGAUGGUUCUGCCAAAAAGGCACGUAAGAAGUCCAAGAAAAUAUCGGAAAUUGGAGCAAAUGAAGAAAUUGGCGAGGUCAUGUAUGUGAAGGAUGACCAAGGAUAUACUUUGUUGGAAGAAGAUAUGGAGCACCACAAAUCAUCGAAGGUUGAAUGUAAAGCAAAUAGGUCAACUUUCAAUGCUGCCAAUCCUACGAGCUCAAAGAAGCACAAAAUGGCAGCUGAGUUCAACAUGGAAAGUGACCAGCAUGUUGAUCCCAAUAUUACAGCUUUUGAAGAUAGUGGAAACAUGCACAAAGAAUCCAACUGUGAGGGUAGACAUGAUGAACUUUGGAGUACUACUGGAGGCAUGUCUCCUGAACCUGGAAGCAACCAGGAGCUUGUCAAGGCUAACAAGUCUGGAGUUAAAAAGAAAAGUGAACAGAAGAAGUUCAAGUUAGGCCCCAUUAAGGAUGAUGACCUUCUGAUUUCUGCUAUUAUAAAAAAGAAAGGUAAUGGCUCUUUUCGUAAAAAGUUUUCUCCAAAAAUGGAGCCCUUUCAGUUAGAAGCACUGAGGAAGCUUAAUAGUCAGAAAGGAAGAUGCAAGUUGCUUCCUCGAGCUCUUAGAAAAGGUGGGAACCACUGUUUGGAUGGGAGACGAAUCACCUUGGAGACAAGGACAGCGCUGUGCUGGUUGGUUGAGAUGGGUGCUUUAUCUCUGAAAGAUAUAGUUCAAUACCGGAAUCCAAAAAACAAUGCAGUGCUGAAGUAUGGUCGGGUGACUAAGGAUGGGAUUCUUUGUGGAUGCUGCACGAAUAUCUUUUCUAUAUCUGAAUUUAAGGCCCAUGCUGGUUUAAAGCAACAUAGAUCUUCUUUAAAUCUUCUAUUGCAGUCUGGCAAAUCAUACAUUGAAUGUCAACUCAAGGCUUGGUCUACUGAAUUCAUGAAGAGGAAAGGUAAUUUACUAUUUACAGGAGCUGAUGAAAAAGAUGGAAAUGAUGAUACUUGUGGAAUUUGCGGUGAUGGAGGUGACUUAAUAUGUUGUGACAACUGCCCUUCUACUUAUCAUCAAACAUGUUUGUCUGUUCAGGAGCUACCAGAAGGCAACUGGUAUUGUCCAAAUUGCAUUUGCGUGACAUGCAGAGGUUUGGUGACGAAAGAGACUUCAAGCUCCUUGGCUACAUUAGAAUGUGCUCAGUGUGAAAAUAAAUAUCACAAUGGUUGCAUCUCAAGGAAAGUUGCAAAUUGUGGGGAAAUAGGCGCAAAUACUUGGUUUUGUGGAGAUAGUUGCAGGGAGGUUUUCUUGGGUUUGCGUUCACGUGUGGGAAUGGUGAAUUAUAUUGAUGAUGGAUUCUCAUGGACUAUUCUAAGAUGCAGUCACGAAAGUAAAAAAAUUCACUCUGUGCAAAAAAUUGCACUCAUGGCUGAGUGCAACAUAAAGCUAGCAAUUGCUCUGAAUCUUAUGGAAGAGUGCUUUCUGCCAAUGGUGGACCCAAGAACUGGCAUAGACAUGAUACCACAUGUCCUAUACAAUCUGGGAUCAUCAUUUGCUCGGUUAAAUUAUAAAGGGUUUUAUGCUGUUGUUCUGGAGAAAGGCGAUAAGCUUAUCUCAGUAGCAUCAAUCAGGGUGCAUGGAGCAACUGUAGCGGAGAUGCCUCUCAUUGCAACUUGCAGUGAUCACCGUCGCCAAGGAAUGUGCCGCCGUCUGUUGGAUGCAAUUGAAAAGAUGCUGAUAUCUUUCAAGGUUAAGGUUCUGGUUUUAUCAGCCAUUCCAAGUUUAGUUGAGACAUGGACAUCAGGUUUUGGGUUUAAAGCUAUCGAAGGUGAAGAGAAGCAGCAACUGACCGAUGUCAACUUGAUGCUAUUUCCUGGAACCACAUUGUUGAUGAAAAACCUGCAUGAAGCUUCAUCAGCUCAAGGGCCAGUAGAGAAUAUUGAUUUCUGCUCAAGGGAACACCAAUCUAACAAGUGGGAGACUUUGGCAGAAAGUUUUAAUGCCUUAACCGGACAACCCCCUGCCGUAAAUCCCAGAAAUGACCUGGAUAGAAAAUCUUCACUCCCUGUCAGCACAAAUGCUCGACUGGAGGAGGUUAAUGUUCAGCAGAGGGAGACAUUAAUGCCUUCCUCUGAGAACUGUUUCUUGACAGCUCAGCACAGUGAAGUUGGUGGUGUUAGUAAUCGUCAGUCCUGUUCAAGUAUAGCAACCUCAGAUGGAGCAGAGCUUCCCAACAAGCCAAUUUCUUGCCUGUCGGAAUCUUGUCGCCAAAAGAAUGGCCUUACUGGUAGUAGUAUUGCCUUUAUUGUGAACGAUGAAAGCAAAAUAUCUAUUUUAGGUGAUGGCAUCAAAGUAGAAGGUCUUGAUGAUACAUCAUUAGGAAAUAAUGGUGCUUGCUUAUCUGAUGAUUUGGCAAUAGUGAACUCAAGUUUGGCUGCUUCCAACUUGAAUGAGAGGAAGUUGGAAGGUGUCAAUAACCGUGAGGUUCCUGAAGAUAACGCCUCCAAAGAUGAAAUACAUGAUUUUCUAGGAAACCAUGCUGUCGCAAAGAGGUGCACUGCUGAGAGUGUGGAAGCAUAGACUUUUUGUUUGCUAGUUGUCCAGUUGGGGUUCUACUUUUUGUGAAAAAUGUAUUAUUCUCAUUGCAUUACAAGGAAAGUUGGAGCAAUUGCCUAUGCUUGAAAAAACUUAUGCAAGUAUCUGUUUUAUGAAGGCAUCCAUGUGCGUUGGAGACUAAUGAAGUUUUCUGAACUUACCUAUUUCUGUUUGCUGGAAAACUUCACUGGGGCAUGGGAUAUCAGAAUUCAUGCUUGUGCAAACAAUGUGAAUGCAGAAUUUGUUAACAUAUAAUCAGUCAGUUCCCAUCAAAUUGUUCCAAAGAGAACUCAAGCAACUAUAUAUGUGAAGUCAAAGAAUUUUCCAUUUACUUCGUUCCGAUGGAGGGAAAGAAAAAAUAUGGCUAAGAUUCUUACAGGGCUUGCGUUCUACUUUCGGCGUUCAGUUUCUUCUUGAGGCUCCUGUGGAU